AUGUGUGAGUUCCUAAAUCUUACUCAGAGAGAUCGUUCAGUGGCCGAGUAUGAGGCUGACUUUCUGAGGCUGAGCCCUCCUCAGAGGGAGCAGGAUUUUUCAGUCUUGGUCGAGAAGGCCAAGAUAGCCGAGGAGGUGAAGCGAUCUAAGCACCAAAACCGCGAGAAAAGAAAGGUUAAAAGGGAUUCUAAGUCUUAUGAUACUGGGAUGAGACCUAAGAAAAAGGCCAGAUCUGAUGGGCCCGCAAGAACUGGGCCUACUGUUGCACCUGCUGGGGUGGCGAUUUCAGAGAAGCUGGUGAGGAAAGGAUGUGAAGUAUACUUCGCCUACAUCCGUGUUUCUGAUUCUGUGGACUUUUCGGUUAAGGACAUCCGUACUGUGAGGGACUUUCCAGAUAUUUUUCCAAAUAAAUUACCAAGAUUACCUCCGAACCGUGAGGUAGAAUUUGGGAUUGAGUUGAUUCCUAGUACGGCUCUGGUGUCUAUCAUCCUUUAUCGAAUGGUACCGAAUGAGCUGUCAGAACUGAAGGCUCAAGUUCAGGAGCUGUUAGAUCGAGGGUUUAUUCAUCCUAGUUUGUCUCCAUUGGGAGCACCAGUUUUGACGGAGGAUGAGCAUGAUAGGCAUCUACAGGUGGUUCUGCAGAUUCUUCGGGAGAAACAGCUAUAUGCGAAGCAGCGUCGAUGGGUUGAGCUGCUCAAGGACUAUGACUGCAGUAUUAAGUAUCACCCUGGAAGGGCCAAUGUGGUGGCCGAUGCAUUAGGCCGUAGGGCUGUGGCUAAUUUGAGAACGUUGUUCGCUCAACUGAGUCUUUAUGACGAUGGGAGUCUUCUGGCUAAGUUGCAGGGGAAACUUCAUGAGGCUUUGGGUUUCCGCCUUGACUUCAAUUUUCGAGGUAGUUGGGAGGAGUACUUGCCUUUACCCGAGUUCGCUUAUAACAACAGUUAUCAGGCCAAUAUACAGAUAGCACCAUAUGAGGCGCUUUAUGGCCGUAAGUGUCGCACUCUUUUGUGCUGGACUGAGUUGGGUGAGCGGCGUGUUCGGGGUCUGGAGUUGGUUUCAGAGACUGAGGAUAAUGUUCGCUUUAUUCGGGAACGUCUGAAAGCAGCUUCUGAUAGACAGAAGUCCUAUGCAGAUUUAAAGAAAAAGGGCAUCGAGUAUUCUGUGGGGGAUAUGAUUCUUAAGCGAGUGGGGCCAGUCUUAUAUCAGUUAGAGCUACCUCUAGAGUUAGAUCGCAUUCAUGACGUAUUCCACGUCUCGAUGUUAAGACACUAUCGCUCUAAUCCUACACAUAUUGUGCCCGUGGAAGAGAUUGAGGUUAGGCCAGAUCUGACGUUUGAGAAGGAGCCUGUGCAGAUCUUGGAUCGUGACUUUAACGUCUUACGUAGGAAGUCCAUUCCCUUGGUGUAA